GUAAUUUGUUACCUAAUGUUUUGCUUUUUUUAAAUUCUUUCUUUUUUCUCUACUUCUGAUUAGAUAAAAGCCAGAAGAUCAUUCAAAAAGUAUUCUACUGCACAUAUUUCCAUUAUAAAAAUAUUUUCAUCUUUAGUUGCUUCAGCAGAACCCAUUAUUCUUCUGUUACUCCACACUCUGCUUCUGCCUGAAACACAGGUUUCUUAUGCUGUGUAACCAAGUGUUUUCUAAGAGCACAGGUACCAGAACCUGAUAUUGAAAAUGGAUAACAGUAGAGGUUAAGGUAUUGAGAAGUACUGGAAAAAAAUAUUAUUAUAAUAACAACAAUCUAUUAAUUUUUAUCCAAAGCCCAAUAUAAUAACUUAUUUGUGUUUCAGAUAACACAACUCAGAUAAACAUUUAUGGUGUGUUCGUGUGUGUGUGUGUGUGUGUGUGUGUGUGUAGGCAAGAAAAUUAGUGUAUGUGUGUGAGUUUUUGCCUGAAAGGAGGGGGAUGAGGUAAAUGGGAGGGGAUGUCACCUACCUCACUGACAGUAUAAAUUCCAAUUAUUUCACUGUGAAAUGAACAAAGGCUGAUUUUCCCUCUUCAUUCAACAAGCAAGGAAAGGCACUGUAAGUAUUGCUUUUGGUUUAAAAUUUUCUAUGAAGGAGUUACAUUUUUUUAGAUGUAAAAGUUAUUAUGUUAAAGGUUUUAUAACAUGUAAUAUUUAUACUAAUAUGUUCUUUUGUGAGUUUUAAUACUAAACUAAACAUCAUUGAAAACAACUAUUUCCUCCUUUGACACAUAAUCCAUCAGUCAAAAUGAUUUCUGUGCAUAUAAUCUGUAAUUUACAUGAUACUUUUACCAGUACAUCAUUGUAAUAUAUUGUAGCUAGUAUAGUAUUUCAACCACAUUUGAGAAUAUAUUUAUAUGGGAAAUAAAUUCCAGUAAUAAUAAUAAAAUACUAACACGAGUUAAGAAUAUUCUGCUUUGGUGAAGGUUAUUUCUUAUCCAGGUUUAUGUCCUUUAGAAAUAAGACAUUACCACACAAUGAUAUUGCAUUCAUAACUGAACUAUGAUGAGAGUAAUUACUCAAAUGAGCUUCUUUUGUAAGGGUGAAUCAUUAUCUGUACUCACCCACUGCACAAAAUUACAUCUAAUCCUGCUGAAUUUUUCUUACAAGCUUUUUAUAUUCACAAUAAGAUAACUUUAAUUUCUCAGUUUUCAGUAUUUUCAUUAAGAUGUUGGUUCAGGUAUAAAUAAAAUGACUAUAGCAUUUGUUGCUUUUUGUACCAAAACGACAGAGAAUUAAUACCUUAUUCUACCCUGCAUGCCAUAUAUGCCUAGAAUAAGACAAUUGGUACAAAGUGCUAAGCUGAAAAAGUUAAUUUAGUUUUUCAAGUUUCUUUAUUGAACACAAAGCUAAAGGUAAAAUCAUAUGAUUUAAAUAUAAAUGUUGAUAAUAUUCGGUACAAAAGUAUAUUAUGAAUUGUAAACUCCCACUUUGAAUGUCUGUUGAAAAAUAGAAAACAGAAAUAUGAAUCAGCACUUCUAACUGCUCUCCAUAUUGUUCCAAAGGAUUUAAUUGGUCUUUUAAUGGGGCAGUUCAUAUCCAAAAGUCCCGUAGUGGGUCAAGGUAUUCACGACCAUGUCCAGUUCUCAGUUGGUGAAGAAGGACCUCCCAGGUACUCUUCACACCAUUUUGAGACCAACAACAGAAGAGAAGGUGCUAGCCACCAAAUUCCUCCAGCCAUCAUUGUCUCAGAGGAGGGUUCAAGUACAUCAGAGCAGCGGGACUCAAGAAUAGAGCUGCGGAGAUCUUCCUUCUAUAGCACCAUAGACCUGCUGCCACAGCUGGAGCACUAUGCCAGCACGCUGCCACACCAGCAGGCAAGGAGCAGACCUUCCCUGGAGGUUCUCCGCAAAGCAUUCGAUGAAGUGGAGGGAGGAAACACCAACAAAGAUCCAGGAGCUUGUGACAUUUCGGCCACAGAUGCUGGAAGUGAAGAGGCUCAAGGUUCUGAGGAGAAAGCUCCUGCGAGAUUUGGCUGGGUUGUUGGAGUUAUGGUUCGUUGUAUGCUUAAUAUUUGGGGAGUAAUCCUGUUCCUCCGCCUGUCCUGGAUCACUUCUCAGGCAGGCAUUUUGUUGACCUGGCUUAUUAUCCUGAUAUCUGUGAUGGUGACCUCAGUAACUGCCCUCUCCAUCUCUGCCAUUGCCACUAAUGGGAGGGUGAUCUCAGGUGGGGCAUAUUUUAUGAUCUCCCGCACUCUGGGCCCAGAAAUUGGAGGACCAAUUGGGGUGGUUUUUUCCUUUGCCAAUGCUUUGGCUUGUGCACUCAAUACUGUUGGUUUUGCAGAGGUGGCCCGUGAUCUAAUGCAGGAGUUUGGUGUUGUCAUGGUUGAUUCAAUCAACGAUGUCCGUAUUGUGGGCGUGAUCACUGUUACGGUUCUUCUGCUGAUUUCAUUGGCUGGAAUGGAGUGGGAGUCUAAGACCCAGAUUUUGUUCUUCUUAGUUCUUCUGGUUUCAUUAUCCAACUACUUUGUGGGCACAUUUAUUCCUCCCAAUAUAGAAAAGCAGGCACAGGGUAUCUUUGGAUACCGCACUGAGAUCUUCUUAGAAAACCUGACACCAAACUGGAGAGGAAAUGAAGCCAACUUUUUCCAGAUGUUUGCCAUUUUCUUUCCCUCUGCUAUUGGCAUCCUGUCUGGUGCCAACAUCUCUGGAGACCUUAAAGACCCUGCUACUGCUAUCCCCAAAGGCACCCUCAUGGCUAUUUUUUGGACUACUAUCAGCUAUUUAAUGAUCUCUGUCACAGUCGCAUCAUGUGUAGUGAGAGAUGCUUCUGGAAAUAUGACUGAUAUCCUGACCGGAAAUCUCACUGAUGGUUGUGUGGGGCUUGGAUGUAAAAUGGGCUGGAACUUCACAGAUUGUAUACAGCAGAAGAAUUGCGAAUAUGGUCUGGCCAAUAAUUUAAAGGUCUUGGGCCAGGUUUCUGGUUUCUACUACCUGAUCACUGCUGGGGUAUUUGCAGCCAGCUUGUCCUCUGCUCUUGGAUUUCUUGUCUCUGCCCCGAAAGUCUUUCAGUGUCUGUGCAAAGACAACUUAUACCCAUACAUUGGGUUCUUUGCAAAGGGUUAUGGGAAAAAUGAUGAGCCGCUCCGGGCUUAUGUGCUAUGCUAUAUCAUUGCUGUGGCCUUCAUUCUCAUUGCGGAGCUGAACACCAUUGCCGCUCUGAUCUCCAACUUCUUCCUAUGUUCCUACAGCCUUAUAAACUUUAGCUGCUUUCAUGCUUCAAUCACCAACUCCCCAGGUUGGAGGCCCUCAUUUCACUACUACAGUAAAUGGACGGCUCUGUUUGGAGCAGUGAUAUCUGUAGUUCUGAUGUUCCUGUUUACCUGGUGGGCUGCUCUAAUCACCUUCUGUAUAAUCUUCUUCUUGUUUGGAUACAUCAACUACAAUAAACCAAAGGUAAAUUGGGGUUCGUCAGUCCAAGCAGGCACAUACAACAUGGCUUUGUCAUACUCUGUCUCACUUACUGGUGUGGAGGAUCACGUCAAGAAUUUUAGACCACAGUGUCUAGUCCUCACUGGACCUCCAAACCAGCGACCUGCACUGGUGGAUUUUGUUGGCUCAUUCACAAAACAUAUAAGUCUUAUGAUCUGUGGCGAUAUUAUCAUGGAGCCUGAGAGGCAGACACGACCACAAGAUGCUACAGAUCAGCUAGUUAAAUGGAUGAACAAGAGGAAAGUGCGUUCGUUUUAUACUCCAUUUACAGCUGAGAGCCUCAGAGUUGGAGCUCGAUACUUAAUGCAGGCCUCUGGUCUUGGCAAGCUGAAGCCCAACACUCUGGUCCUUGGCUUCAAGUCAAACUGGAGGGAAAGUUCUCCUGAAAGCAUUGAAGAUUACAUUAACACCAUAUAUGAUACAUUUGACGCCAACUUCUGUUUGUGUAUCUUGAGGAUGAUGGACGGGCUGGACAUCUCUGACCAGUUUGAUUGUGAAGUAAACCAGGGCUUUGAGCUUGAUGAAUCUGCUGAAAGUUAUGACCAUCAGUCUCCAGACAGGGAAUCAGCUGAUGACGUGUCCGAUAACAGCAACAGUGAUCAAAUCAAAACAGUGUUUCAGAACACCCAGGGGAAAAAGUCUAUCGAUGUCUACUGGAUAGCAGAUGAUGGAGGACUGACUUUACUGGUACCUUACCUGAUCACCAGGAGAAAGCAUUGGCGUAACUGCAAGAUCAGGGUUUUCAUCGUCGGAGAUGAACAAAACAUGGACGAAGGCCGCAAUGAAAUGAUUGCUCUGCUGAAGCGGUUUCGUCUACAUUUCAGUGACGUUAUUGUCAUGACAGACAGUGAGAAGCGCCCUCAAGCCAAGAACAUGACUAGGUUUGUGGACAGUGUCGCCCCCUUCAGGCUGCAUGAUGAACAGCAGGAAGGCGUCACAGUUCAGGAGCUAAGACAGAGGGAACCAUGGAAAAUAUCUGAUAAAGAGUUUGAGGCCUUCAAACAAAAGUCUGAGAGAAAAGUAAGGCUGAAUGAAAUCAUCCGCAGGAAUUCACAACAUACUGCCCUUGUGCUUGUGAGUCUUCCUGUGCCACACAGUGACUGCCCCAGUGCUCUUUACAUGGCCUGGCUGGAUACUCUCACCUGUGGCCUUCAUUGCCCUGCAGUGCUCAUACGAGGAAACCAGCAAAAUGUCCUUACUUUCUACUGCCAGUAAAUUGUAUUUCAUUGUGAGUCAGUCAUGGAGGACUAUUUUUAUGAGUCACAAAACUAAAAAAUUCGAGACUUAGAAGUGAACAAUAAUUAAAAAAAAAAAAACAAGACAGAGAGAGUACAAUAUUUGCCAAAUUAGGGUUUAACAAAUCUGGUGAAUAAUAAGGAGACAAAUCUUAAAAUUGAGAUUGACACAUGUUACAUGAAUGAUUCUGAGAAGGUCAUUGUAAGUACUCUCCCCUUAUACAAGUGAAUAUCACCGUAUCUCAACCCAAGCAAGAACAUUUUGGAAGCCACCACUUUUAUCACACUGCUAAAGAAGGUGACAUCUUUUGGAAAAAUGAUGUCCAUCCCAUCAGGAGAGUCCCAAAGGCUUGGAACAUCAAUGUGAAUUAAAGGUCUUGUGGUAACAAAGAAAUGAAUCCAAGAUCUUGAUAAUGUUUAACUGGACAUAUAUUUGAAACAAAACUGUCUUGUUUUAGCAAGCUAGUUACUAAGUCAUUUGUGAAAAAUGUAGUAUGAAGUAUAAAACAACUGCUGACAAUUUUAGUGAGUAACAAGAGAAAGUAGCAUCCAGUGCUAAUGUAAAUUGAACAGAGAAGAAUAUUAGACUUAGUGGACUCUUUUACAGUCCACCACUGAUGGGUAGGGAAACUUUUUGUUCUUUAUGGUUAAACUUGUACUACAUAACCACCAACUUUGUUGUUAACACACGAUAAUGUAACCAUGUUUGAAAACUGAGACACAAAUUGUUGAUUUGAAAGUGAUAAUUGUAAGUAAAUGGAAAUUAGUAAUACAUUUAGACUUUACAUUGUAUUCACUAUAUUUGUCAAUAUCUUUUACAUUUAUAUUUGUUUGCUUAAUCUGUGAUGUGUUUUGUAGAAUACUAAAUUAUGUAUAAACUCUUCUAAGAUGAGUUAUUCUGUUGACAUUUUCCAGAGGUAAAAAUUUAAAACCUCUGAGUUGUACUAUUUAAAUGCUGACAAGCAACAGCAGGAAUAUAAUACUGUAAAAGAUUAAUAUUCUGUUAUAAAAUCUGCUGUUCCUCAAAUCGCUACUUGACAUUUUCCCAAAAAGCAAGUCACUCUCCAAUUUUACACCCAUUGUAAUACUGAAUAUGAGUAACAGUAAAAAUAAGCUGCAGUAAGUACAGUUAACCUUUUACAUUACUACUAUCAGUACUCAGUCUACCUCACCUUACAGCUAUAUGCAAUGUGCAACAUUAUGUGGAAUAAACACUGGGGGCAUUUGUUAUUAUUUUUGGCACUAAGCAACAUUACUAAAGUCUGGAUUAAUCUGCAGACGGGUUACAAUAACAUGGAAAUGCAUCACAACAGAUUAACUAUAAAUAGAUUAAAAUUACGCAAAAAACUUGUAAGUAGACAUACUGUAAAAGACCAGUGCAGCAAAGCUAUUAGUAUGAAAUACUAUAUAAUAAUUUAAAUGUCACUUAGUCACAUUAUCAGCUUUAAUAGUGUUAAAGAUUUUUAAAGGCGUCCUUCAUUGACAACAUUGAGUGUCUUUGACUUCACAUAAUGGCCAGAUUUUUAAUAACAAUAAGUUACAGAGUGAUAACUUGGAUCAGACCACUGAUACUGUUAAAUACAGCGAUAACUGAGGAGUUUUCAGCCUCUUUGAUCAGGGGGAUUGAUCUCCCUGAUAGCUGUAAUGUAGUUUAAAACAAAUUUUGAUUAAUUAAAAAAUAAAAUAAAGUCUGGAAUAUACAUUGUUUGAUAAAUAACAAUAGGAAUAUAUUUUAAAAUAUUUUAAAAUUAUUUUUUUUCCUUUGACAUAUGCUUAUCUAUGAUAUAUAUGUCUGCUUCAUCUGAAUCAUGAGAUUAUUGGUUCUUACAGCAAAAGUUUGAGCUAUGCAACAGUCUGUAAUUGAACACCUAUGCUCUGUAGAAGGUACUGGGAAUUUCUAAAGCAGAUUUAAAUGUAACACUUUGAACCAGAAAAAAAUAACUUAAUGCUUAAAGUUUUAUUGCGAAUUAACCAUUUUUUUCUUUGAAGUUUAACCAUAAAUUAAAACAAUAUCCCCACCCUUUGUGUAGGUGCAUGUUCAAAGGUGUCUUGUAUACUGAAAGAUCCAUG